AUGCCUCGCCCUAGAAGACCCGGUGCGCCAGAACCAAAGCGUCGAAGUCGUAAAGGAUGUUGGCCAUGCAAAGCGCGAAAAGUGAAAUGCGGGGAAGAGAAGCCCGCUUGUCUCAAUUGCGAACGACAGGGUGAGCUAUGUGAUUAUAGUGUGCGGUUGAAUUGGGGAGGGAGAACGAAGCGUGCGUCGGUUGACUCACCCGGCUCACAGUCUAGUGGCUAUGGGGGUGGAAGCGGCAUGAUCGGCCUCUCUGGGUCUUUUUCAAUCAACACUGCGAGUCCAACCUCAUUCCCAACACCAAUGAGCAAUUCAGCGGAUGGUGUACCCCCUCGACCCGGGGAUAUAGCAUCUCCUGGGGCGAUAUCACCAACUACGCCCGCCCCAGCAAGGCCAUUCGACUCUCCACGACCUGAUCCUGAAGGAAUCUCCUCACCGAGUCAGUUUGAGGCUGGAUUCUCAACGACCUGGGGCGAGCAGUCUCCUCCCUCUAUGACCUCUUCCUCUGGGACUUUAACACAAUUUCAGCUUGGGCAACACACCUUUGAUAACACGUUUCCGACUGGGAUAGAACAGGGACUUGGCCUCCGAUCACUCUCAGCAUUUGCAUUCCACGCAAAUCCAGUGUCUCAACCUGUUUCCUUCAUGCGACACUCUGUGGAUGGUUCUCACGGCCACCCGGACUCGACCGUGCUCCAUGCCCAUGACAAGGAACACAUUACUCACUCGUCGCAUGAAGGAAAUCAUUCCCAUCUCAACUUGGACUCGCUGUCAAACAAAGCCGGGGAUUCUGGUAGCCCUGAUGAUGUCGAUGCACUGCAUUCUCUGCUUUUCGGGGCACACAGGAUGUCAGUGGAGCAAAGCAAUGCGGCGCCUUCUCCAGGACUCAAUGCGACACCGACAGCCAUGGAGUCCACACAUGAGUAUUCCAUCGAUUUGGCUGGUAACCAUCGAACAAUACCUGACAGUAUUCAGCCAACCGACGAGACACCACAAGAAUUUUCUCUGGCCGAGAACAAAUGGCAGACUUACCUCAACAGCGUCACAGACAAUUAUGGCCUGGACUCUGGACGUUCUGAUCAGGACCUUUCCUUCAACAACGACCAUGCGGCAAUAGACAUCAAUUAUGCUUUAGAUCUGAUCAGCUCUCGGGGGCGCAGUCAGGAUGCAUCGCAGUCCACAGUUUCGCAAUCGGUUCCCGAGGCUCAGGCCCAAGUCCAGUUCUGCAGUGGCUACUAUGCGUCCCCGGUGCCAAUCAAUAUCCCAAGGUAUCUGUCUCCACUGCCAUCUUCCCUUCUGGAGAAUCCCAUCAACUUGAUGUAUUUCCAUCAUUUCCUGAAUCACACCGCGCGAAUGCUGGUUCCCCACAACUGUGACAACAAUCCAUUUAUCUCAGUUUUACCGUCAAUGGCAAUUGGUGAUUCCAAUCUGUUGAACUUGCUGCUUGCGUAUUCAGCCAGCCAUCGCGCUCGAUACCUUGGUCAUCCAGAACCAGCCAAUCGUAUUGCCCAUUGGGUCAGCCAGGUGUUUCCGACCCUGCGUAUCGCGUUGGAAUCAUCCCAUGAAAACAUCACAGAUAGCCACCUGGCUACGGCUCUGAUGCUUCUUUCAUUGAAGAUUGUGUCUCCAGGUACUUUCGAGGCACCAAUCACCUGGAAGAGUCAUCUCAAGCUUGCCAGGGAUCUGUUUCUUGCACGGAGCGAAUACAUGGCACAGCCAGGAAAUCGCAUUGGCGCAUUCUUCUCCCGCUGGCUAGGCUACCUGGACACCAUGGGAUCUUUGUCAUGUCGCCAUGCUGGCCCCCCUUUAACAAUCUACAGUUCUAUUCUGGCUGCCUGCUCUUCUUCCGAAGGUCACGAUGAGUAUGCAGUUGAUUGCUUCACAGGCUUUUCACCUCGAACUGGGGUCUUUUUGAUUCGCCUUGCGAGCCUGGUUCAGAAAUGCGAUAAUCAACGGUUUGAUGAGAUGGGUCACUUCCAACACGACUGGCAUGCCUCUGCAGACAUGGUGCUGGAAGCUCAGUCUGUGCUUGGUGAAAUUGACGGGCUCAGCGAACGUGCUCACGCCAACCCUGAUCACCACCAAGGCAUUGAAUCUUCAGAUAUGAUGGCCAUCGAAGAAGCAUUCCGAUUCGCUGGUUUGUUGCAUCUUCAUCGGCGUGUCUUGGGCUCACCACCAGAUUCUUUCCCCGUGAAAGAAGUCCUACGCAAACUAGUUGAUGCCCUUGGCCGUAUGCGCCCCGGUGCAGCCACUGAGGUCUGCUCACUUUUCCCUCUCUUCACAGCAGGGUGUGAGUCGAGAGAUCCAAUCCAGCGGUCUAAGCUCCUGGAUCGGUUCAUUGUGUUAGAACGUUCGGGCAUGAAGCAGAUUCAAAAUGCCCGCCAACUGAUGCAGCACUGUUGGGAGAGAAAGCUGCCAUGGGUUGCUCUGGCUGGUGGGCAGUUCUUCGGAUAA